UCCUAUUUCUUUACGUAUAGACACUAAAGAGGAGAGAGAGAGAAAGUUAGCAUUAUAUCUUUUAUCUCUUAUCUCCAUCUCUCUGCUUCUUCACUCUAGCUAUCUUUCUCGUGAUAACAACACAAGACUGUCACAGAGAUCUUGGUCGGUGAUCGGAGAUGGAGUUCCGGGAGAAGCUUUUGAAGUUCAAGUUCCAUAUCUUCUUGGCUUUCGUUUUAUCUCUCCUCACCGUGGCUCUCGUCACUUAUUCCCCUGGUUUCCUCACUGUAUUAUCUUACUUCUGGCCACUAUUUGUCUCGACAGCUCUCUUUCUCGCCGCCAUUUUCUUCUUUGCACGCACCUCCGACCUUCCGUCUUCAUCUACCAUCCCUGGCGAAGGCGCCGGCUUAAAAGUGGCGACGGAAGGGAUUCUUGACUAUGUUGUCGGCGGACAACACGAAGAAACUCUCUUUGGUAGUUUCACCAACCUCGACUGAGUAAUAGAUCUCUCUCUCUGUUUUUUAAAUUUCUCAAGUACUUUCGUUAUUUUUUUUCUUACUAAUACUAGAGUAAUAUUUACAAAUGUAAUAUUUUUAGUUCACGGGGAAUAAGAAUAAAAAUCUUGCUUUAUGCUGUUUAACAAAAAUAAUAAUAAUAAUCUGUGUGGUGCGAGGCUUAUUUUUA